AUGCCUCGGGCUCCAAUGCAGGAGGCAAAGCGAGGCAGGCAGCCUGUCCAGUCGCAGCCACUUGAUGUCAUCCUCAGCCUGCAGCGGCGAAUGGCGGCAACCCUGGCACACGUCGAGGUCCUGGCGCCGCCCUUCCACCGCGUGCUCAACUCCUUCAGGCCCCAGAGCAAAGGGGCCCUCUGCGGGCAGGGUGCACCGACGUGUCGGAAAAGCGUCUCGCGCAUCGGAGGGGCGCGGCGCGGGAGUUGCCAAGGCGCCAGCAGUUCAUUUGGCUUUCGGGAGGACGAGCAGACCGGCUGGGGCGCAGCCGAGGAGGGCCCCGUCGCUCGCAGCCGCGGCCGGCGGCAAACGGCAUGGCGACGAGCGUUCUUGUGGCUCCCGGAUGAGCGUCACUAUGCCCGAGGCCUUGGGGCACGUGGCUGGCCAUAUCCAAGCAGCGAGGCGCAGCAGCGGCCGCCUGCCGCUGGAUACGACGCAAGCCAGCGGGGUCAUCACCUCGUUCGGAGAAAGUGGCGGCCAGCUGCGGCAGCACGAGGGCCUCCCGCGUCGUUUCUCGUUCUGAAUUUCUUAGGCCAUCGAUUCAGCGGCCGGAGCUGGGGGCAUUCCCUUCUCGGGCAGACACAUGCAGGAGGUGAAUGCACGGGGGUGGGCGGUAGGAUGUUCGAGGAGUUCGCGCAAUUGUCAUAA